CUCUCUCUCUAGCAAAUUAUAUAAAAAUCCACUCAAACCCUUAUUUACUUCUGCUCUCUCCUCCGCUCUCAGCUCCUCCUCUGCUGCCUCCCAAAGCCAAACAUCCUCCCGCCCGCCUAACCCUGCAAAACCCUCUAGCUUCCCCUUCCGCUGCUCCAGAGGAGAGAGUGAGUCGCAAGAAUUCGAGCCAAACCAAAAGAGAACAGAGAGAAACUAGCCAAAUCCGGCUUCUCUCUCCACCUUCCUUUGAUCCAAGUCGAAUCCAGGUUGAGGGGGAUCCAUCGCUGAUGGCAGCAGCAGCAGCAGUAGCGGCACAGCAACCAGUUUCUGCACAAGUUGUUGGGAAUGCCUUUGUGCAACAGUACUAUCAUAUACUGCACCACUCGCCGGAGCUUGUUUACAGGUUUUAUCAGGAUAUGAGUAAGCUUGGGCGGCCUGGAGAUGAUGGCAGCAUGAGCAUCACCACAACUAUGCAAGCAAUCAAUGAGAAAAUAUUGUCACUUAACUAUGAGGAGUUCAGAGCAGAGAUCAGGUCUGUAGAUGCUCAAGAGUCUUUUAACGGGGGAGUGCAGGUUCUUGUUACUGGAUAUCUGACUGGGAACGACAACAUGAUCCGGAAUUUCUCCCAGAGUUUUUUCCUUGCACCCCAAGAUAGGGGCUACUUUGUUUUGAAUGACAUUUUUCGCUACGUAGAAAAUGGGAAUCAACAGGACACAAACCAGGGGGUGGCAAAUGAAGUGGUUGCUCCUGUGACUCCAGAACAAAACCCUCCGCCUCCGGCUGUGCAGGAGAAUCAUGUUUCUGAGCAAAGCACUUCUUCAGCUGAGGAAAUUAGUGGGGGUGAAGUGUACAACCCUCCUGAAAAUGGAGAAAUCCCAAAUGCUGAGGAGGAAGUCCCAGUAGCUGAGGUUCUUGACGAAGUCCAAGAUGAAAUGCAGAUUGUGGUUGAAUCUAACACCAAAAUUGAAGAAGUGCCUAAGAAAUCAUAUGCUUCCAUCGUGAUGGACCUGAAGGAAAGUGCAGUGGCUUUUGCAUCUCCUACGCCUGCUCCUAGGAAAUCUGUACCAAAGAGCCAAGAGCAGGUGAUCCCUCCCCCAGAACCGGAAUCUGAUGGACUGGUUCCUCGUCCUGAUGCAGUUGAUAAUGGGAAUAACCAAGAUGGAGAAGCGGAUGGCUAUUCAAUAUACAUAAAGGGUUUGCCAAUGAAUGCUACUGUAACAUUGCUUGAGAAUGAGUUCAAGAAGUUUGGCCCCAUAAGGAAUGGAGGCAUUCAAGUCAGAAGCAACAGACAACAGGGUUUCUGUUUUGGUUUUGUGGAAUUUGAGGUACCAAGUGCAGUUCAAAAAGCAAUUGAGGCUUCUCCGAUUGCAAUUGGUGGACGCCAGGCCAUUGUUGAAGAAAAGAGGUCUACAAAUUCUCGAGGAAAUAAUAGGGGAAGGUAUCAAUCUGGAAGAGUUUCAGGGUUCAGAAAUGAGGGAGUGAGAGGCCGUGGAAACUAUGGAGGUGGCAGGGGCUACAGUCGAGGUGAUUUUGGUGGUAGGAUUGAAUUCAACAACAGAGGUGGCAAUCGAGGAGUAGUAUCAAACCGCGGAGGUGAUGGAUACCAAAGGUCUGACAGCAAUGGCGGCCGCAUGAACCGCACUGGUGGUGGAAUGGCAAACGGAACAACUAAGAAUAUGACACCACGAGUGUCUGCUACUGCUUGAUGGUUUAUUAGGUUAGUUAGGGCUGGUGAGACAUCUUGUUAGAUCAUCCCCCCCCCCCCCUUCCUCUUUUCUCUGCAGUUGUAAGGAUCAAGUGAGUAGAGAUAUCCUUUGGGUAGACAGGUUGUUGGGGCUGCCUGAAAUUUUCAUUGGAAUUUCUGACAAAUUCUAUUCUAAUUUUUUCGUCUCUGGCAAGUAUAGUUGGAUAGUAGAUAAGUUCCAUGUAGUUUUUGUGAUGUAACAGCACAAGGUUAACUAAGCCCGAAGAAGAGUUGCUUGUCAUUCGGUUAUGGGCUUAUUUUUUGUACUCGACGAAUUCUUUUUUGGGGGGUAUCUUUACUCUAGAUACUUGGAAGAAAUGAUAGCUGGUUUUAGCUUUGAUA